AUGGUUGAAUCAGUCAUCGGCAUUCGCGGAAAAGAUUUCGUUCUAUUAGCACAAGAUGCCAAUACCACGAAAUACGGUAUUUUGAAUAUGAAAUUCGAUACCAAUCGAUUGUUUAAAUUGAGUGAACACUGUGCUAUGCUUGCUGCUGGAGAACCUGGCGAUGUGGUUCAAUUCGCUGAAUAUGUCGGCAAAAACAUUCAAUUAUACAAAAUGAUCAACGGUAUUGAAUUAUCACCAUACGCUUGUGCAAACUUUACUCGCCAUGAAAUGGCCACAUCACUCCGUUCGCGCAACUCUUUUCUUGCUAAUCUUGUCGUCGGUGGUUAUUCAACGAACGAACGUGAUCAAAAUCGUGCACAAUUGUACUCGAUCGAUUACCUAGGUGCCAUGGUGUCAGCCAAUGUAGUUGCACAUGGCUUUUGUCAAUUUUUUGCCUUGGGUAUUGGCGAUCGUUUAUGGAAAGAAGAUUUAACAGUUGACGAAGCUUUAUUUAUGUUACAAACAAUCGUCAACGAAUUGGGCAAACGUAUGGCUGCAUAUCCACACUGUGUUUUCGUACGAAUUAUUGAUGCUCAAGGUAUCCGCGUCCUUGAUAACAUGUAUCCAGAGAAGAUUCACGUUGCCAAACCAUCUGAAGGGGAAUUACAAACCAGCGCCGAUAUGAUGGACAUCCAUUCUUAG